UUAAAGGUCUUUGUUUAUAAACUUCUCCUACCAACGAUCAUCCAGCAUCAUGCAUUUCAACACCGUUGUCGCCCUUUUGGCCAUUGGGGCACCCUUAGCCUUUUCCUCGCCGAUCGCGGCUAAGGACAGCGAAGCCAUUCCAUUCUAUCCAAAGCGUGCGGAGAACAGCGAGGCUAUUCCUUUCUACCCCAAGCGUGAGGAUAACAGCGAACUAUCCCAUUUUACCCCAAGCGUGCGGAUAACAGCGAGGCUAUUCCUUUCUACCCAAAGCCGUGAGGAUAACAGCGAAGCGAUUCCCUUCUACCAAAAGCGUGCUGAGAACAGCGAGGCUAUCCCAUUUUACCCCAAGCGUGAGGAUAACAGCGAAGCAAUUCCUUUCUACCCAAAGCGUGAGGAUAACAGCGAGGCUAUCCCAUUUUACCAAAAGCGGGCUGAGGAAAGCGAGGCGAUUCCAUUCUAUGCGUAAUCAAGUGCUGUGAUUGGAAGUCCAAUGGAUGAUAACUAUCUUUGUUUAUGCUGUAUGUAGUAGCAAUUCAUUGGCACUGCUCGAGGAAGAAUAUCUACAAAACUAUAUUAUAUUGGAUAGCAUCGGUAUUUCGCACUUUGCCGUAGGCUCUGUACAAUCUGUAAGACUGAGGUUGGUC